AUGUACGGACGAACUUAUCAAGCUAUGUAUCUUGAUAUAUCACUCAUUGGUACACCAAAUCCAUGGUAUCUUUUGAGUGAUAUGCCUGUUAGUGUUUCAGCAGCUAAUGCAGUAUUUAAUGGCAACAAUACUGUAUUUUUGAUUAAUCUUAAUAUGGUAUAUGCUUACAAUAUAUCUAACAAUAAAUGGUAUCAAACGGGUUCAAAUGGAAUUGUACCUCAAAGUAGAACUCAGGCAACUGCUGUUAUUGAUAAAAGUAGAAAGAUUUGGUAUUUUGGAGGAAUUAAUGGUACUACAAGGAUUUAUUUUAAUGAUAUUAACUACUUUGAUACUAAUACAUAUUCUUGGUCUUUUGGAUCAACCUAUAAUGCACCAACAUCUCGGUUUAACAUGGUUUCAAUAAUAUUACCAAAUGGAAAAAUUCUUUAUAUUGGAGGUGUUGAUGGCUCUACUAGUUUCAUUCAUAGUUUAAGUAUGAAUGAUAAAAAUUACUUACGUGCUUUAUUGAAUGACAUUCAAUUGAAUGACGUAUUAUUUCAUCUGAAUAAGAUUCUUGUUUAUGAUACGUUAUCGGGAAAUUGGUCGGCUGUGAAUGCAGUCGGUGAUAAUAUUCAAGGACGAGGAUUAUUUACGGCAGUUCUAGUACCAGAUGGCAAUAUUUUAAUUUAUGGUGGAAAUAAUCGUAAAGAAUCACCCAUUCCAACAAUGGCAGCGUUGAAUACAAAUACCUCGCCGUACACAUGGACUACUAAAACAAUUGGACAAAAUGCUCCACAUUACAUAACUGGCCACGUGGCAGCAAUAAAUGAAACUCCUAUGAUAAUUGCAUUUGGCGCUACUUCUUACAAUGGGACCUUUGAUUUCACAACUAGUUAUGCUUUGAUUAAUAAUCUCAAUUAUAAUAUAUAUACUCUUAACAUACAAACCAACCUAAAUGAUGGUGAUUUUUAG